GCUCCUGAAGCCAGACGACAUUUUCGGAGGCUAAACGGCUGGUCCGCCGUUUCUCUGCGCAAAAGCAAUCGUUUAUUGUGUCGCGAGAAAACUGUCGGUACAGUUUUACGUCAGUUUUCCUUAACUUUUCCCCCUGAUGUGAUUAACUAAGAAUAAUAUUGAUUGAACAAUAGUGAAGCUAAGUGAAAUGUUUUAGUAGUAAAACUGAUUAACCGUAAGGUUGGAUUUCAGAUGUCGUGCAAUGAAGUUUCGGGUGGACUACUUUCCAUUUACUAGAAUACAAUUAAUGUUGUAUUUUAAAAUAAGUCUCGUUAGUGAGAUUGUCUCGGUUACUUCAAAAUCGUAAGUUCUUGAUGAAAGAUAUUUCUCGUGUCGUUUUAGUGCCAUUGUCGGGAAAGUGCACAAGCCAGAAGUAACAUUAUGCGAUCGAUAAUUCGCCGACGAUUUUGGAAUACGCUUCAAUGAUCCGAUCAGGUACUUGUGACUUCGUGUGACGUUUCUUAGUUGUCAGUGAAAUGUUUCAAAAGUGAUUUUUAGUGUCUUCCAAGGCUUAAACACGACGAAGUAAUAGCAAGAACAAACUAUAUACUUGUUUGAUAUAUGUACAAGCAAUGCCAGAAACAGUGUCGUCGUUUUGGACAAAUACGUUUUCGCGUCUUCCAUACAUACGCUGUUGCAACAACGUUGCCAAUAACAUUGCAUUUCGUAUAAAGAAAAUUUUGCAAGCAACAUAUACGUGAGAAAAAAAAAAUGUGCAUUUCAAUAUCAGUUAGCGGCCAUUUUGAAUUUAUGAGUACCCCGAACUACGACGAUUAACAACCACGAUUUGUAAUUCCAAAAUUGGACCUUCUUCGACGCAUUUCGAUACAAUCAAUUGUAAAGGCAUAAAGAGCUACUUUGACAUGUCAUUCGAAGAUAGUUACUAUUUUCUGCACACCAAAUGAAAUUUCACUAGAUGCUACAGAAAGCAUUCCAUUCAUUUUCUAUUUUACAUUCUAAUGUACACAUCUGCUGUUAUAAUUCUGGCAUGAAUCGAAUAAUUUAAAUGUCUAAAAUUUAGUUGCUAUAAAAGAAAAACGCAAUUGCAGUUUUGUAUGUUUUACGUUUUAUUUCUUGUGGAAAAGCAACAAAUAAUUUCAGAUGAACAUAUCAAUAAUAAAAUGACGUGGAAGAAUAGAUCUUUCCAUCGUUUUUUGCGUCUUUGAUAAAUGAUUUGAACGCAAAAUAAAUAUUUAAUCACCAGUUCAUACAGCAAACAUCGUACGUGUUUCAAUUUGUUGAAGUAUAUACUGUAUAUUGUGCCAGUCGACAACUGUAGUUGAGGCUGACAAGUAGAUCUAAAAUAACCUCAACAACGAUAAAAUUGUUGAUAUUAAUCUGCGAGGAGUUACACUUUUCAUACUCAUUGUGAACAUAAACAGAAAAUACUAUAUGAAUUAAUUGAAAAUAUACGGGAAGCAGUAAAAGAAAAAUUUAAAAACAACAGUUCUCUAAUUGAUCGACAGUCACGGCAUUAGAUGGUGGACGGUGCCAUUUUUGUCAAUUUUCUAACGCGCAUGGUACGCGCGUAAAACCGAGUACAUUGAAAAAAUCAUCAAUUGAAUCUUAUAAUUUGAACACGGAUAAUCAUUGUUGUUUAUGCGUGUACUGUUCCUGAGUUUAAUUAAUAAAUGUGUUGAAUUUCGAAUGGUCAAAUCGAUUAGGAUUAACCUAACGUGACAUCGGUAUAUUGCAAAAUGCCUUCAUUUACAUGGACGUGAUGUUUUCAUAAAUUAAAUAAACAAAACCAAGAAAAAAAAACAAUUAACCUGAUAUGAUAUGCGAAAAUUUCGAAUUGUUGUCUGUGAUCAAAUAAAACAGGUCUGUAGACCUUAAGAACACCAAAGAAAAAUGAUGAAACUAUGAGUACAACGGAUACAACGCUGUCAAUUUCGAUCAAGAUGGCCCCAGGGCCAGAACAUCGUCAAGAACCGGUAGCACCUGACAAAGCUUCUGAAAAUAACAAUAGUGAGACCUCUAAUGAAAGAGAUAAUGUUGAGAAUUUAGUGGUAGGUGUUGAGACUGUUAGUAACCAGAGUUCAAAUGCAGAAUGUGCUUCAACGAACACUGAUACUAAUUCAGAUUCAACUCAAAGUGCACCGACUUGUGUUACCUCUGACAAUAAGCAGGAAGAACCAGCUACUUUGUCUACAUUAAAUGAAGGUGAAUUACGUGCACUGUUGGAUGAAGCCAUAACUUAUAAGUGUCCCAAAGAUCGCGAAGGAAAAUCAAGUCUUUUUAAAGAAUUACUUCAAGAAGCAGAAGCUGAUGAAACUGAAGAAGGUCGUAGAAUAAUAACUAAUUCACGUUGCUUACCUGGUUCAAAUCGUAGGAGACAUAAACGAGACUCUGUAUCUGAGAGAUUGACACAUGGAGGAUCAUUACAAAAUUUAGCACAACCUAUUGCUUCAGAAUUUGAUAGUAGUUUUGCUUAUUUGACAUCUGGCUCUAGCCAUACUUACGGAGGAAGUAGAAGAAAAAAUAAAAAAUAUACAGGACCUAGUGUAUCUGCAAGACAAAGAGAAGGAGGUUCAUUACCUUCAAAUGUUAAUGCACACAGUCUUGCUUCAUUGGCUAAUUUAGACUUAUUAUUUGAUAAAAAGAAGGGUUUCUGUGAGGAAAGGACAGUAUAUGACUGGACCAAUAAAGAAAAAUCCAAAUCUUUAGACAAACCAUCAUAUAAUAACAUUAAAAAGGAAGAAAAGGAAAAAGAGAAAAAGGAUACGAAAAAGGAUUUAUGCGAAACUGAAGUCGAAGUGAAAAGAAGUAAUAAAGGAAAAUACGGGACAAAUGAAAUGCUUGAAUCAGAUAAUCCACCACCAGAAUAUAAAUCAGAUUACAUGGUGAUUGAUUUAGGUGAUGCUGAGGUGGGUACUAUUAGUGAGAGGAAUGUGGGAUCCGCUAUAAGUGGGGUUCAAAGACCUCACUCCUUAGAUACAGAAGAUGAUGAAGGAAUUGAAAUGAAAAUUAUCGAACCGCAUAGACCUCAAUAUAUAUCACGCACUCCUUUCGAUAUAGCUCAAACUCCUGUGGAUACUACUAUAGAUUUCUCUCUCCGUGAACAUAGCGGAAAACAAGAUAAAUCAAAAAUAUCUGUUAAUGGUACAGAGGUAACUGGAGCCCUUUCUUUUCAAACUUUCAAUAGCGUGAAAUGUGGUAUUAGUGGAACUCCAAAUAGUUCAAGUACUAGUCAGGGUAAAGUAAUACCAAGUUUAUGCUCCAUGAUGUCUGCAUCUUUACAAACACAAAAUAUUACAAUGGAAGGCUCGAGGUACACAGCGCAUACUACCGGAUCUGGAGAAAAGAAAUCUUUGGACGAAAAUGGAAAUCCAGUACAAAGUUAUAAUGGAGAACGAAAAAAGCCUAGGAGAAAACAUACUCAAGAACCUAAUGUUAUUGUAUACAGUGCUGAAAAUGUUGAAGGACAUCGCAAUGACAACGAUAUUGACAGUUUAAUUAAUUUUAUUGAAAAUAAAGAAUCAAAAAGUAAAAAAGGGAAGCCAGGUAAUCCAGUGAGAGUAAAAACUAAUUCAGGUGCGAAACCAAGAAGCAGAGAAAAAGAUACUAAAAGGGAACAGUUACCUGCCAAAUUACAGAAGUCUAAUUCUCUUGAGGAAAUAUCUAAGACUAAACUCGAAGACCUCACUACAGAAAAAAGCGUCAGUUCUAGUGGUGCCAGUAGUAUAUCGAGUCAACAUGGUACGAUCAAUGUUGCGUUACGCCGUGCAAAACAAAGAAGUACUGGGGAUACAGCUAUUGACAGUCGCGGUGAUAGAAGAUCUUGGGGUACGGAAGAAGGUCAGUCUAUAUAUUGCAAUGAUACUGGAGAUGAUUAUGCUAGUCGUCGAAACUCCAAUAAAAAAAUCAAUCCAGAACCUGAACAUGAAACAGAAUUCCUGGUAGUUACGAAAAAAAAGAAAAGUAAAAAACAGAGAAGAAGUUCCAGUGGAAGUAGAGCACAGAAUUUAACAACGUCUGGAUCUUAUCUCCAAAAUUCCAGAGGAUUUCCUAAUGAAUAUAGAACACCACUUUCUCCUGAACUUAGAAGAAAAUCAGCAAGUAGUAUGCCACCAAGUGAUAAAUCAGAUAGUAGUGAUUCUGAUUCUGUCCAUUCAUUGCCAGUUACAUCAAACACGUCCAAACAUAAUUUAUCAAAAAUAGCUACCUCAUCAGGCGGAACGCCGCAAGCAAGUUACGCGGACAUUGCACGCAUGGCAACUAUUAAUAUGACUCAUAAUUCGGUAUUAAAUAUGUCUACAAUAGUUCCAAACAUGCUAAAUACAUCUUCCUGGCCUAGUGUGCCACCUAAGACACCUUCAGAGCCAGAUAAGAUUCCUCAAGAUUAUUAUCCUAGUUUAGACGAAUUACAACACUCGGAUAGGAAAACGAGGCAACAUAACUUCACCCACUCGAAUCAUCUUUUGAAUCUAAGUUUCGAAAAACCACCUUCACCGACUUUGACGAAAAUGAAAAAUUCAACGGAAAGAAAAAAGGCAGAGGCUCAAGAAGAAGCUAUUAAUAAAAAUAUUCAGGUUAUUAAAUAUGUACAAGAUAUUGAAAAAAUGCGUCAAAAUUUAACACAAGAACAAAAACCUAUGAGCCUUAAUAAUCACAGCACAACAUCGAGCGAAACUUCAGUAACGAAUGCAGUGCCAUCAAAACUCACCAAUACAGUAACAAAUUGUAAUCCUGAUUCUGAUAAUAAUUCUAAUAGUAAUAAAGAUAUGGUUAUAAAUGCAAGGUGUAACAAUCCACGAGCACGCCGAGGAGGAGGAAGUUGCGCUCAAAAUAAUCAAAAUGUACAAAUUCAAGCAUCGCACGAAGAUCAACAUUUUAAAAAAAUUGGAUACACUUUCCACGAUGAAAAUCCAAAAAAGGCACAAAAUAUUGAAAAUUCUAAUACGCACUGUGAAAAUAAAAAUAGUCCAGGAAUUAGUUCAAAUGAUGAAGUUGAGUCACAAAAAACUAAUAUCGUAAAUAAUCCAAAAUCAAUGCAAGAAGUGCAAAAUAUUGAUUUGGAUGCUAUAAAAUUAACGAAAAAUGAAAAAUCAAUAAAGGCUACUAAAGAACAGAAUGUCAAUGUUAAACAUGAAACGGCUAAAUCAGGGAAUACAUAUUCUGUAAGUUCAAAACAAGAACAACAAGAAGAUUCCGAAUGUAAGAAACCGAAACAGCAAAAUUCUACUUUAGAUAAAGAUCAAGUACAAAAAGUAGAAUCACAAACAUCAAAUAAACAAAAAAUUUCAAGGCCUGCAGUUAUAUUGUUAGAUGAAACUUCAUCAGAUAUUACAAAGAAUAGUGAGUUACCUACGGAACUCAGGUUUGGAUUUGAAAUUAAUGAACAACUUUUAUUGUCAGAAGAAUCAACAACUGAAGAGACCUCAAGUGUCAGUUCUGUGUUUCCUCCUGUAGUUCCACCGCUUAUAAACAAACCACCUAGUUUUGACAGAUACCCUCCGAUAUUUGACAAACACAUGAGAUGUGAUAAAUUUACGUCUAAUUUCAUGCAACCACCAAAUACGCAUGUAACUCAACAACCCCUGCAUCCGGUAAUGGUACAGCGAUUACCGUGCAUGAGUUAUCCUCCAAGAUUCCCUCCUCCCGCGUGUCUACCACCACCACCCACACCACCACCAGGAAUAAUGGAAAAAUAUCAUCAUCAACCUAAAGAAGAUUUUUCUAUGCUUUAUGUAGCUCCUGAAGAAGAUGUUAAUAUACAAACGUACAACCAUGAUAAAAUCGUCUCAUUUGUUGGCUUAGCAUGGGACGCUGUUAUGAGAGAAAUGCCAGUAACUGCAGGUGGUCGUAUACAGUUUUACAGUGGUCAGUGAAAUGGGCACUAAGAAAUAUGGGGUAAAUAAUACAAUAAUGUUUUUGUACUGCAAAAUUACCUCUAUUGCAAGUUAUUCGUUAUAAAACUGUAAACAGCCAGAAGAGUCUGCUAACUAAUGCAAGACCAAAUAUGUAUCUAAAUACAAGCAACUGAUCGAAUCUGUAUCAAACAAGUUACAGUUACUUCCAGUUUCGAUCAUAAAUAAAAACUGUACUAAUUUUUGAGUCAAAUCGUCAGUGAUAAUUCUGUAGAGCCAAUUGGCGCAAAAUGUGCCUCUAAAGUUAAUGUACAUAAUAGUCAGUCACCAGAAAAAGACAAGGCUUAUGAAUCGUGUAUGUUCUAACUGUACAUACAUUAAUGAGUUACAAGAUAACCUUUGAAAAGGUUGUAACACAAUACUUAAGUUUCAGUAUUGACAUCUGAUACCAUAUUUAACUGAAAAUUAUAAAUUCGUGAUGUGUAUUUCGCUCUUUCAAACAUAAACAUCAAAUUUUCUUGUAAAAAAAUGUGGAAAUUUAUGUAGUCGUAAAAUGUCUCGUAUAAAUUUCGAAAAAAAAGAGAAACAAAAACAAAAUACCUUUCGGAUCAAUUACGAAAGUGUUACAAUUUUGAAAUAAAAAUACAAAAACUAUUUAAGAAGUGUAAAAAUUAAUUGGAACAAGAUUACCGUGAAGCAGAAUUUUCAAAAACUGCAUGUGCUGUGACACAGCGGUUUAUGCUGAUGCCUUUAAGAAAUAAAAAAAAAAAAAAAAUACAUCUUAGACCAUUGUAAUAAAGUUUAAAGAUAGUUGAAAGCAACCCGUUAUGUUAACUAUACCAAAUUAAGAUCGUCCGUCAGAAAUAAUGCAAAAUUUCUAAUAAUUAUCUUAAAUAAUUGCGAGCAGAGACGAUCUUCAAAUAAUACCUUAAAAACAGGGAUUAUUGCAGCCAUCAGUGAAUCUUCAAGAAAAACUUUAGAAAAGUUGAACAUAAAAAUAGUGGUUGCUAGAUUACUUGUACUGUAUUUAAGACGAACAUUAAAAAAAAAAAAGUAAAGAAAGAUAUAAAGAUGUGUGAAGUGUAAUGAAAAUGGUGAAUGUAAGUGUGUCAUUGAACACGUGUAAAAUAUUUAAAAAAAAGUAGUGUGAUUGACUUACAACUUUAUGGAGUGGUUACUUUUUCCAGCCGCAACAGAUAAUAGUUUAAGAAAUUUAAAAGCAGGAAAAAAGAAAGAGAGAGAGAGAGCCAUGAAAACUGAUUUUUUGCAAAUGUUGCGCUCAAGAUCAUAAACUGGAUAAAGACAGUGAGAAAAGUGCGAAUGUGUCGAAAAAAAAACAAAACAAAAAACGCUAAAUUUUUACACAAACUCGCUUAUUUAAUGAAUAAUUAUUAAUUAUUGGUAAUAAUAAUUAUAAUAAAGUACUUGCUUGUGAUCAUAAAGUAUGAUGUGUGAAUGCGUGUAGUGCAUGUAAAUACUCUACUAGCUAAUAUUCAGUUUAGUUUUGAAUAUUUGUGUUUAAAAUUCUUUUAAAAUUUUUCAAGAUAUUAUGUUAUUCUCUGAAUAUGGCAGAAAAGGAAUAACUAGUACACUUUGUGGUUGUUAUCAAUCUACAGUAAAAAAAAAAAGCUUAUUACGAGUAGUUAAUCAAAAAGAGAGAAAGCGAGAGAGAGAGAGAAAGGGAGAGAGAGAGAAGAAAAAUGAAUUUAAUAUGAUUCCUUUCACAACGAUUCUAUUCGUUAUAUAGGAAGCCUACCUCCAACAUAUUUUACUUUUUGAUAGAUAAACAAAAUAGCGAAACAUAAUUUUCAAUUUGAAUGCAAGUCUCGCGUAUUUGGAGCCAAAAAGAUAAAUAAAUGAUAAAGUAUAUGGAAACUUAUCAUUUUCGAAGAUAACGACGAGAAUAAUAGAUUAUUACAGAUAAGUUUCAUAUAAAAGAAUGAAAGUGUAUUUGCCUAUUUAGAUUAUCACUAUUUAGAUUAUUAUUACAUUAUUAUUACUAUCAUUACUAUCAUUAUUAUUAUUAUUAUUAUUAUUAUUAUUAUUAUUAUUAUUAUGAUUAUUAUUAUUAUCAUAAUCAUUAAUCAGAAGCUAACCGUUAUUAACAAAUUAAGAUUGGCGAUUUUUGUUAUUGUCUUUUUUCCCCCCUUAAAGUUACGUAUGGAAAUAGAAAAUGUAAGCACUAUGAAUGUUUUUCAUUUUGUUUGACAAUAUAACAUAAUGCAGCUGGGGGUACAGCUUUUAAUUGAANGGACCAUAAAUUAUCGUAGCAAAAUGGCAGCUACGCCGCGAAACAUUACGUUCAGAAUACACGAUUUAAACUAAUUCUGUUAUAAUAAAAGAAAGAACGAAGAAAACACCAGGGAAUGAUGUAUAAAUAUCACUGUGCAAGGCGAUAAUGUAUUAUAUUAUAUUUCUUUGUUGAAUUUGUAAGUAUCAAAUCAAUAGUGAUCGAUAAAACUGGAGACACGUGUACAAUCUUUUUGUUCUCAUUUGUUUAAACGUUCUAACCAUUAAUGAAAAGAAAAAGAAAACAUGCUUAUAUCGUUUGAUAACAGGCUCAUUGCAUUUAUUCAUGAACUGAUAGCCUGUACUAUGACAUAAAUAUGUCUUUUUUUUUUUUCUUUUCUGCAAAUGGGUACAAAAUCCUAAUCGGACGUAAUAGAGUUCCAGAAACAAGUGCAUCAUUCUUGCACAUCGCGUUCUCAGUCUAUAUUGAAUCAAUGAUAUAGAUUUGAUUGAAGUGAUGGAAGAUGUAAAAUUAAUUCAAGGCAAAAAAAAAAAAAAAGGAAAAAUCAAAUAGUUGAUGUUAUUUCCCGUCUUAAAUUAUGUUCGUACGAACAUCGCGUAUGUAUAUCAAGUUCAUUCUCGCGAAAUCGUGCAUAAAAGAAAUUCUUCGAUGAUUUCAUUUUGUAAGUUUGAUUGCUUCGCCAAAUUUCGACGGUACCGUCUAUGUAUUUCGCCAGAACUGUUUUUGCAGAACGAAAAACAAUUAUACGUAUUUAGAAGUAACGCGAUUACAUCCUAAUCACGACGAAUAAUUGAAACAUUUUUGGAAAUAUUCCGAUUCAAUGGUUUUCUUCGUCGUGAACUUUGGACUUGCAAAAUAUGCGCUUCCGGUUGAAGGAAGUUUCCAGAAAUGUUCACAUAUUCGUGGAUUGUAUUUGCUCGAGGAAGAAAAAGUUCAUUAUCGGCGCGGGCGUGUUAAUAGUGUUCAAAAAAAGUAAAAAAAAAAAAAGAAAAAAAAGAAAAAAAGAAAGAGAUAGAGGUUAAUAGUUGAAAGCGAGUGGAGAGAGAGAAAGAGACAGAGUGAAAGAGAGAGAAGAAAGGUAUCCGACGAUCUCAGCGUUAGCCUUGUAUCACUGUACAAUUUGUUAUUCAGUGUAAAGCAGUUUUUCUGUAUUGUAUAUACAUAUAUUAAUAACUAUUAUUAAUUAUUAUUAAUGAUUACGAUGAAGCUAUUCGAUUAACUAUUAAUUGUACUUGCUGAUUAUCGAUAACGGAGAAAACAGAAGCUAUUGCGAGUGCUUAUGCGUGUAUAAAACGAAUAAAAGAAAAAAAAAAAAAGAAAAAGAUAUUUUGCGUGUAUGGUAAAGGCUGUGCUGCCCAGCUGGAACAAACAAAAAAAAAGAAAAAAAAAAGUGAAAGACUAAUGAACAUUGGAGAGAGGAUGUUGUUGCCAACGUUUAGUAUGUUGCCAAAGUUUUUCCCCUUUAUGGGUAUAAAAACAGUAUAAAGUAAUAUUCGAGUUUCUUUAUUUUUUUGUCACGUUUCUGUUCACGCGGUAGAAUUGGCAAGAUGUCAAUUAAACAGUACUCGGUAAAUAAUAAAUUGAAAAACCAAUUAUCAGCUAUAUGAUUUAUGGCGAUUCUCGAAAACAAUAAUUUUACUUAUGUAUGUAUUUUUUUUUUUUUAUAUAUUUACAUCCUAUCGUAUUAUCUGCCGUCUUCUUAGCAAUUGAUCUAUUUAGACCGUAGAUAAGCAUUGUGAUAUACACAUAAUCAAGUAACCGUUGUUUUUUUUUUCGUUUUUUUUUGUCAGCUAAGAAGCCAAAAUAAAGAGGGGGAAAAAAAACUAGAAAAAAGUCAGAAAUACAUUUUCGAAUAUUACUUGCAUACUGUAUUUCGCCGGUGAUACGUAUUCGGAUGAUAAAUUGUUCAGUGGCGCGAUGAAAACAAAACGAGUCGAGAAUGGUGAAGAAUAACGAAAAGGAAGUGAAAUACAUCCGUGAACAGAAAGAACAACGUUCGAUGCACGAAUUUUUGUGCAUCAAGAGAAAGGAAGAGAAAAGAAAAAUUGGAAUUGAAAAGAAAAAAGAAAACCCCCGAUUUAUUCUCAGAAUGCGUAAACACAGCGGCCAUUGCUUACUAUUUUGUUAUUAACGAUACUGAGAACCUCAGAUUCAUGCGAAGCUGUCAUGGACCAUGGAUGUAAAAAAAAAAAGUCAUUGCCAUGAAGUGUAAAAGAAGAAAAUAUGCAGUAGAAGUGAAAGCGAGAAAGAAUGAGAAAGAGAAAAUGUAUGUGUGUAAGGGAGAAAGUUAUGAAAAGCGUGGAUUUCAAAUGCUUCUACAAGUGAAAGCGAAACAGAAAUAUUGUCCUCCCAGAUAAUUAUUCAUACCGAUAAAAAAAAAAGAAAAAAAAAGUAACGAGAAAACCGUGUAUAGUGUCGCCAUUUGGCCUUCAUGCUGUUCUAUCUGCGAUUUCAUAUAAGCUUUGCGUACAAUACUGUGAUAUAAUAAGUCGCUCUAUUUUUUUCGUGUUUUUUCUUUUUCUUUUUUUUUUCUUUUUUUUUUUCUUGCGCGCAUGUAGAUACACAAAAAGAAAGAAAUACAUACAGUAAAUCAUAGAAUUCGAACGAGAAAAUUUCUAUGAAAUAUCCUCCGAUAUACAUAUAUGUUGUACGGAAAAAGAAAAAGAAACAAUCAUACGAAAUGUGAAAAAUAAGCAAUUACCGUCUCCUGCGUUUAAUUUGUUUACGAUUAAAGCGUUAGUAAUGCGAUUCGUUCACACAUAACUGCAGAGGCUAAAUAUAUCGAACAAGAAAAAGACAAAAACAAUAAAAAAAUAAUAAUAA